UACAAAAUCGCAGCAAAAAUGUUUAAAAUAACAACUGCUGUGCUUUUUUUGGCCGCUGCUGCCAGUGCUGUGCACAUUCAACAGCGUUAUCAUGGUCAAGACAUCUACGCUGAACCCGACUGUUCCAUUGUAACCGAUCACUCGCGCAUGUUCCGUGACAUAUCCGAUCCGACACACUACUGGAUCUGCCCUGAGGGUCAGGAGAAGGCCGAUUACAUACAAUGCCCGGACAAUUAUGCAUUCAUGGAGAAGGAGCAGAAAUGCGUGGUAUGGGAGGAAUGGAAGUGGGUUGAACCAUACACUAAAUAAAUUUUAUAAUGAAAC